UCUUCCAUCCUUGUCUUGCAUGAACACUACAGCACGCAGGAUUUAACGAUGUGGACAGAAGUCGGAAAGCUCGUGCUAUUACAUUUGCUACUCAUGGAGCUCCACUGCGCUAAAGGAACUCAUACAGAGUCAGAGUGUGAAACUGGACAGUUUCAGUGCAAGAACGGACGGUGCAUCCCGACCCUGUGGAGAUGUGAUGAUGAUGAUGACUGCUCAGACAGCAGCGAUGAGGAGAACUGUCCAAAGAAAACUUGUGCGACCACGGACUUUGCUUGCAAGAAUGGGCAGUGCGUUCCCUCUAGGUGGCGUUGUGAUGGAGAGCCGGAGUGUGCAGACGGCUCAGACGAGGCUGAUGCAAUCUGCAGCCGACAGACUUGUCCACCAGAGAAGUUUGAUUGCGGAGGGUCUGCCAGCAAAUGUGUUGCUUUGUCAUGGCGAUGUGACGGCGAGAGAGACUGUGAGAACGGAGCCGACGAGGAGCAGUGCGCCGCAGACGCAAAGGCCUGCCCCUCUAAAGAAUUCCAGUGCCGUAAUGGGAAAUGUGUGGCCUCGAUCUUUGUGUGCGACGGCGACGACGACUGUGGCGACGCCAGCGAUGAGGAGAAAUGCUCGGCUCCCACCUGCGGCCAGCACGAGUUCCGCUGCAAUGACUCGGAGUGCAUCCCGGCCCUGUGGAGCUGCGACGGUGACGCGGACUGCAAGGACAAGUCGGAUGAGUCCAUGGAGCGCUGCAGCCGGAGAACGGAGCCCCAGAAGCCUCGCUGCCCUGUGGGCGAGUUCCAGUGUGGGAGCGGAGAGUGUGUCCACAUGAACUGGAAGUGUGACGGCGACGCCGACUGCAAGGAUAAAUCCGAUGAAGCAAACUGUCCCUUGUUCACAUGCCGACCCGAUGAGUUCCAGUGUGGCGACGGCUCCUGUAUUCACGGCACCAAGCAGUGUAAUAAAGUCCACGACUGUCCAGACUACAGUGACGAGGCCGGCUGUGUCAAUGUAACGAAGUGCGAUGGCCCCAAAAAGUUCCGCUGUAAGAACGGGGAGUGCAUCGACAGCAGCAAAGUGUGUGACAACGUCAAAGACUGCAAAGAUUGGUCUGAUGAACCCGCAAAGGAGUGUGGAGUGAAUGAAUGCACUGACAACAACGGUGGCUGCUCCCACAUCUGCAGAGACCGGAGGAUUGGAUAUGACUGUGACUGCCCCUCUGGGUACAAACUUCUGGACAAAAAGACUUGUGGGGACAUAGACGAAUGUGAGAAUCCAGACGCCUGCAGUCAAAUCUGCAUCAACUACAAAGGAGAUUACAAGUGUGAGUGCUACGAGGGCUACGAGAUGGACCCUUCGUCUAAGACCUGCAAAGCCGUCGGGAAGAGUCCGUAUCUGAUGUUCACCAACCGCCAUGAAAUCCGCCGCAUCGACCUGCUGAAGAGUGAAUACACUCAAGUCGUUCCCACUCUGAAGAACGCCGUGGCCCUGGAUGUGGACGUGUCCACAAACAAGAUGUUUUGGUGUGAUCUGUUCCAUCAGAAAAUAUACAGUGCUUACAUCAACAAGGCCAGCGACUCCUCGGAGCAGGUCACUCUCAUCGACUCACUCCACUCCCCGGAGGGCCUCGCUGUCGACUGGGUCCACAAGAACAUCUACUGGACUGACUCAGGCAACAAGAGUAUCUCUGUCGCCACAGGAGAUGGGAGGAAGAGAAAAGUGCUAAUAACCACUGAACUGAGUGAGCCACGGGCUAUCGCAGUGGAUCCACACCAAGGGUUCAUAUACUGGUCAGACUGGGGCGAUCAGGCUAAAAUCGAGAAGGCUGGCACAAAUGGAGUGGACCGGCAAGUUCUGGUAUCUGAGCACAUCGAAUGGCCCAAUGGAAUCACUCUUGAUUUGUCCAACCGACGUCUCUACUGGGUCGACUCCAAACUGCACCUGCUCUCCAGUGUGGAUCUGAAUGGAGACAACCGCAAAGUGCUGCUGUCCUCUCAUCACCACCUGGGACACCCCUUCGCCCUCACUAUAUUUGAGGACCGUGUAUAUUGGACGGAUUUGGAAGAUGAGGCGAUAUACAGUGCCAACAGAUUGACUGGGCACGAUGUGGCAAAGGUAGCAGAGCACCUCAACAACCCUCUGGACCUUGUGGUGUUUCAUGAGCUGAGGCAGCCCAAAGGUCCUGACACCUGUAACCUGGGCAGUCUGCCCAACGGUGGUUGUGAGUACCUCUGUCUGAAAGCCCCUCAGAUCACGGACCACUCCCCUAAGUACACCUGUGCCUGCCCUGACGGCAUGGAGCUCGGACCUGACAUGAGGCGCUGUGCUGUUGUUCGAGCCAGGACAACGACCACUGCGGCCCCCACCACCACCACCACCACCACAACAACGACCACCACAACCACCACAACCAGCACUACGACAACUAGCACGCCCGUCCCCACCACCACUACGACUCCCUCCACCACCAGAAUGAGCACCACCUCCUCUGCGGCCACCACGCUGAGGCCCACAGCCAGACGCCUGACAACACCUACACCCUCUCAAGCACCCAGAAGCAGCACCACGAGUACGGCACACCCCCAGAGAGGUGGUGCCACCAGCACCGAGACGACCACCUUCAGCAGCACCAGUCAAACGUCCACAUCCACACACACACCUCUACUGGGCCCAGUGGCCCCCAACAGCAUUCACAGGGAGAGCAACGGCAACCUCUCCCACAGAGCGAGUGAUCACUACCUCAUAGGUAACAACAUCACAGUAGCUGUUCUGGGGAUAGUCAUUCCUAUUGUGGUCAUCGGCCUGCUCUGCACUGGAGGCUACCUGGUUUGGCGCAACUGGCGGCGCAAGAACACCAAGAGCAUGAACUUCGACAACCCGGUCUAUCGCAAGACCACUGAGGAUGACGACGACGAGAUCCACAUCGGGAGACACAGCGAGUCCAUCGGCCACGUCUACCCAGCUCGCGUGGCACUCAGUCUGGAGGAUGAUGGCUAUCCCUGAGGGGGGAGGGUGGGAUGCAGCCGUGCCCCCCUCUCCUCCAGUACCAAUCCUGGCCAUUCCUCUCUCUCACCACAGCCUCUCCACCCCCACUACAAUGAGGCCAAGUGCAACGCAGAGGAGAAAGAGAAGGAGUCCUCAUAUUGCCUCCCGCCUUUAAAGGAGCAGGGAUGACAUGUGCAUCUUUGUAAAUCUCCCUUUGUUCUCCUACUUCCUGCACUGGAUACUACCAAUACUACCAUUACUAGCAACUACGACUACUAUUACUACCAGUACUACUCCUACUACUCCUAUAGUUCGCCCAGUAGCCUCUGCACCACUCCUCUCUUCUCUCUGCCUCUUGUUAGCAGUAGUGGUGUGUAAAAUACGCUGCUUGUUCACACUAACCUCAUUCGGCUGUUUCUCAGUGCAUAUUGUAAUUGAUUUUUUUUCGGGCCACCAAACACGUGGAAAAAGCCAACAUGCCCAAUUUUACAACGUGAUUUUGACUGUAUUUAUUUAUGUGUCUUUUGCUGCUGUAAAUAUGUAGCGAUUGUCUCUCAGUGCACAGAGCCGGAGUCAGAUCUGAUCCUACAGUAACAGCUGUAGCUGGAAAGGAUGCUGGAUUUCCUCAAAGUUUCCCUUGUGUCUAGAGCUGACAAGACAUAUUUCUUUUAAGGAGGGGAAUGUCAUCUGUUUCACACCCCGGCUGUCAGACUUGUCCCUUGACGUACUGUAAAGCUAAAUAUAGCCAAGGGGAAAGCAGAGAAAAAAACCUUGGGGUUGUUGGAACACUUGGAGGUGAUUUUGGGGGUGAAAGACUGAGGGAGGAAGCUCUUUUUAAUUUUUUUUGUUUUUUUCUAGAUGAAUGGGAGGAUUUGUGCCACCAGAGGGUAGUGCCUCAAGGCAAAAAGCAGCAGGGCAGAAAAGGAAAAGGAUUAUGGGUAAUCCUCACUCCUGGUAUCAGAGGUAUGCAUCCAGUCGAUAAUGAACUUGGGAUUGUUUGCUUAUUGUCGAUGGGUGUUCGGAUUGGCACUUGUGUCUCUGACUGUCUGCUUGUGAACGUGUCUGCAGGGAAGUUACAGAAGUGACAUGCAAUUUACAAACAGGAUGAUAUGCUGU